AUGAUCUCUGUACUGAAACUCAGUAUGUUAGCACUUUCCUUUUACUCCACACUGGCUGAAGCGAAGACGGGCACCCGCGCCUUUCAGCAAAGUAGUGGUGGUGGUGCUGUCAUCAUUCCUACUCAAUCAUCAUUCAAUACCGAACAAGAGGAUGGACUCUUGGUGAAUCCACAACUCACCGAGUCACCACUUUCUAUUUUGGCAGACGACUUUGACCAUGCAAUGGUCGUCAUGAAUCAAGAUGAUAAUGACAUUCAUGUCGGAAAUCUUCUCUCGGCCUGCGAGAAACUCCAAUCCACAAUUCGGGAAUUGGGCUUUGUCAGCUCGGCCAACGACAUGGCCAGUAACAUUGCUAAAGUCCGAAAUACCUACUCCAAACUUCCAAUUACCCAACGAGACUCCAUGCCUGCUCUAUUGAAAUACGAACAAGAUGUAGGCAUUACCGAAAAGGACAGAAUCAAGGAUUCUAGUGCCACCAUGGGAAUUUUGUGGCUCGGUCGCUCUAUAAACUAUCAACGCGAUAUGUUCCUUUACAUAUUGGAACACCCAGAAGCCAGUCCUUAUGAUGCCGCCAGUCAUGCCUACGGUGCCACAGUCAAGCCACACUUGUCCUGGCCAUUGCAACGGCUUGGACAAGCUGCACUCAACGGUCUUCGUUCUAUGCAAAAGGAAACCAUCCUCGCACACAUGGGAGGAUUUGACGAAAAAGAAUAUAACAGUGCCAAAGACUGUGCUACCAGGCAACGGAUGAGACGAGUCUUGGCCUCUUGGAAUCCAAUCAUUCGCAGAUGGAACCAAGUGCUAGAGGACAUGGGCCUUGAGAAACUGUGA